AUGGAGGCUGAGGAUUUAAGUGGCAGAGAAUUGACAAUUGAUUCUAUAAUGAAUAAAGUGAGAGAUAUUAAGAAUAAAUUUAAAAAUGAAGAUCUCACUGAUGAGCUAAGCUUGAGUAAAGUCUCUGCUGAUACGACAGAUAACUCAGGAACUGAAAACCAAAUUAUGAUGAUGGCAAAUAACCCAGAGGACUGGUUGAGUUUGUUGCUCAAACUAGAGAAAAACAGUGUUCCCCUAAAUGACGCCCUUUUAAAUAAAUUGAUUGGUCGUUACAGUCAAGCAAUUGAAUCACUUCCUCCAGAUAAAUAUGGCCAAAAUGAGAGUUUUGCUCGAAUUCAAGUGAGAUUUGCUGAAUUGAAAGCUAUUCAAGAGCCAGAUGAUGCACGUGACUACUUUCAGAUGGCCAGAGCAAACUGCAAGAAAUUUGCUUUUGUGCAUAUAUCUUUUGCACAGUUUGAACUAUCACAAGGUAAUUUCAAAAAAUGUAAACAACUUCUUCAUAAAGCUGUAGAAUGUGGAGCAGUACCAAUAGAAAUGUUGGAAAUUGCCAUACAGAACUUAAACCUCCAAAAAAAGCAACUGCUUGCAGAGGAAGAAAAGAAGAAUUUGUCAGCAUCUACAAUAUUAACUGCCCAAGAAUCAUUCUCCAAUUCCCUUGGACAUUUACAGAAUAGGAAUAUCAAUUGUGAUCCCAGAGGACUGGCUACUAAGCCCAGAUUUUUGUAUGGAGAGAACAUACCCCCUCAAGAUGCAGAAAUAGCUCAUCAAAAUCCUAUGAAACAAACUAACAAAGCUAAACGGUCAUGCCCAUUUGGAAGAGUCCCAGUUAACCUUCUAAAUAGCCCAGAUUAUCAUGUGAAGACAAAUGGUUCAGUUGUACCAAGUUUUACAAAAAGACAGACGUCUGGAUCAGAAUGCAGAGAUUUGAGUGUACCUGGAUCUAAGUCAAGUGGAAAUGAUUCCUGUGAAUUGAAAAAUUUUAAGUCUGUUCAAAAUAUUCAGUCCAAGGAACCUCUGCUGUCAGAUGAGAAAAGUUCUGAGCUUCCUACUGAUUCAGUAACUCUGAAGAAUAAGACUGAAUCAAGUCUUCUAACUAAAUUAGAAGAAACUAAAGAGCCUCAAGAACAAAAUGCUCCAGAAAAUAACCAGAAGCAAUGGAAAUCUAAGAGAAAGCCAGAAUGUGUAAACCAAACUCCUGCUGCAUCUUCAUCUCAGUGGCAGAUUCCAGAGGUAACCCGAAAGGAUACAGAGAAGCAUACCAUUUUUGAGCAACCUGCCUUUUCAUCUUCAAAACAGUCACCACCAAUAUCAGUACCUAAACGAAUUGAUCCAAAAUCUCUUUGUACAACACCAGGCAGCAGUACGUUGGAUGAUUAUAUGAACUGUUUUAGAACUCCAGUUGUAAAGAAUGAGUUUCUAUCAGCUUGUCAGUUGUCGACACCUUAUAGCCAACCUGCCUUUUUCCAGCAGCAACAGCAGCAAAUACCAGCUACACCACUUCAAAACUUACAGAUUUCAGCAUCCUCUUCAACAAAUGAGUGCAUUACAGUUAAAGGAAGAAUUUAUUCCAUACUGAAGCAGAUAGGAAGCGGAGGUUCAAGUAAGGUAUUUCAGGUGUUGAAUGAAAAGAAACAGAUACAUGCUAUAAAAUACGUGAACUUAGAAGAAGCAGAUAACCAAACUAUUGAUAGUUACCGGAAUGAAAUAGCUUAUUUGAAUAAAUUACAACAACACAGUGAUAAGAUUAUUCGACUUUAUGAUUAUGAAAUCACAGACCAGUACAUCUACAUGGUAAUGGAGUGUGGAAAUAUUGAUCUAAAUAGUUGGCUUAAAAAGAAAAAAUCUAUCAAUCCAUGGGAACGCAAGAGUUACUGGAAAAAUAUGUUGGAGGCAGUUCAUACAAUUCAUCAACAUGGUAUUUUCCAGCACAUAAUUAAUCAGAUUUCUAAGUUACAUGCCAUAAUUGACCCUAAUCAUGAGAUUGCGUUUCCUGAUAUUCCAGAGAAAGAUCUUCAAGAUGUGUUAAAGUGUUGUUUAAUAAGGGACCCUAAACAGAGGAUAUCUAUUCCUGAGCUCCUGGCGCACCCGUAUGUUCAAAUUCAAGCUCAUCCAGGUAACCAAGUGGGUAAGGGAACUACUGAAGAAAUGAAAUAUGUUCUGGGCCAACUUGUUGGUCUGAAUUCUCCUAACUCCAUUUUGAAAGCUGCUAGAACUUUAUAUGAGCAGUACAGUAGUGGUGAAAAUCAUGAUUCUUCUUCAUCAUCCAAUCCUUUUGAAAAAAAAUGGGGAAAGAAAUGA